UAAAGUGGUGGACGUUAGCUACCGUGAGGUAACCGCUCACGUUGUGUUCCUCCAAAAUGAAUAUUUGGUGGCGUUAAUUAGGGGUUUUGGGCGCGGUUUUUUUUGUUUGGUUUAGUACGCUGGGUAUUUAUUAUGAAUACGGUUAAUCUGACGCUAAAAUCUCUGACCUUGUUUGUUGUGAGGCGCCCGUCGGCGGCUCGCCCCGGCGCAGUCUCCCGCAGUGACGCUGGUUUCCAUGGGGCUGUUUUCCAGCUUCUCCGGACGAUGGCGACGAUGAGCGCAGGCAGCUCCAAACAGCGAGACGCCCUCCGGCGAGUCAAGUCUAAGGAGGGCAGAGGCAAACGAACCGGUGAGCAUGGGCCCACCAACGUGUACGUGCAGGUGGUCGGUGCGGGGGCCCGGGACAAUGGGCCCUCCCUGUACGUGUUCUCCGAGUUCAACAGGUACCUUUUCAACUGCGGCGAAGGCACACAGAGACUCAUGCAGGAACACAAGUUGAAAGCCGCCCGCUUGGACAACAUAUUCCUCACCAGACUGAGCUGGGAAAACGUUGGGGGCUUAUCAGGAAUGAUAUUAACCUUGAAGGACACUGGGGUCCCUGAGUGUGUCCUUUCUGGACCACCACAAUUGGAAAAAUAUUUAGAUGCCAUAAAGGUCUUCUCCGGACAACUGGAUGACAUCAAGAUAUCGGUGCGACCCUACACCGAGACAUACACCGAUGACACAAUGACAGUUUAUCAAGUGCCAAUUUUUGCUCACUCGAGAGGCAAUGACAGAAAACACUCCCCCUCCAGGCCAGGGAGGCGCAGCCCGUCGCGCAGUUCUGCCCAGUCCCAGACGAGGGGGCUGUGGAACCCAGACAACGAUGUGAAGAUUAACACUGAUAGUGUUAAGAGAGAAUGCGCAGACGGUCCAGGAGAAAGAACAAACAGCACAAGGGAUACUAAAUUGGUGGUUGCAUUUGUUUGCAAGCUUCACGCUAAGAAAGGAAAUUUCUUGGUCACUCCAGCUAAAGAGCUCGGGCUGCCCGUCGGUACAGCGGCAAUCGGUCCGCUCAUUGCAGAGCUGAAGAAAGGGAAAAGCGUCACGUAUGAAGGGAAAGAGAUUCGGCCUGAGCAAGUUUGUACUCCUACAGACCCCGGACCUGCCUUUGUUGUUGUGGAGUGCCCCUCAGAAGAGUUUACUGAAGCUGUUUGCACCAACAAGCAGCUCAGCAGGUACCAAACAGAAGGGACAGAGGAUGCUGCUGUGUUAGUGGUCCACAUUACUCCAGAAUCUGUCCUGAAAACAGACAAGUACAAACAGUGGAUGGAGAGGUUUCCAAGCACGACGGAGCAUCUCAUACUAAAUGAACAAGUCUCUACGGUCCACAACAUCAGAAGCCACAAGAUCCAGACUCAGUUGAAUAUGAUUCACCCGGAGAUCUUUCCAAAACUCAAGACUUACAAAACAAAGGAGGCUCAGGCCACCCUGCAUGACCCCAGUGUCCGAGCCGAGUCUCUGCUCAAGUUCCAGCUUAGACCCGUAAUGCAGUGGCAACGGGAUGCAGUCCCCUCCUGUGACACUGAGGAGUUUGUGAAGGAGGCUGCAGAGGUCCCUGACUUUCUCCAAGAAGUGGAAAAGUGCAAGCAGUUCUGCUCCACCGAUGCUGCAGUGCUGUCUGGGCAAGCGGCGAAGUAUCCAGAGGUGGUUUUCUUAGGAACGGGAUCUGCACUUCCCAUGAAGAUCAGGAAUGUCAGUGGCACGCUAAUUAAUAUCAGCCAGAGACAGUCCGUGCUGUUGGACUGUGGCGAGGGAACCUUCGGUCAGCUCUGCAGACAUUAUGGGGACGGUGUGGACGAAGCUCUCUCCAAGAUAUCAACAGUUUUCAUCUCACACCUGCAUGCCGACCACCACACAGGGCUGCUGAAGCUGCUGUACCAGAGGGAAAGAGCCAUGACAACUCUAGGAAUGGCGUUCAGCCCCAUCUGUCUGGUCGCUCCAGUCCAGAUCAUGACCUGGCUCAACCAGUAUCACAACUACUGCGAGGAGAUCCUCAGACAUUUCAACAUUGUCCCGAGCAAUUAUUUGUGUGAGGGUGCCGAGGUGCAAAGACAAGAGACCAAGUCAGUCAUCCAAACUUUGCUGAAGCACAACGAUCUGGAGAAGUUCCAGACGUGCCGCGUGCGUCACUGUAAGAAUGCCUUCGCCUGCAGCAUCACCCAUAAGUCUGGCUGGAAGCUGGCGUUUUCUGGUGACACCAUGCCGUGCGACGCCUUCGCCCACAUAGGAAAGAAUGCAACAUUACUUAUUCACGAGGCCACCUUAGAAGACGGGUUGGAGGUGGAAGCGGUGGAGAAAAGGCAUAGCACCACCUCCCAGGCCAUCGGUAUGGGCGUGAAGAUGAACGCUGACUUCAUCAUGCUGAACCACUUCAGCCAGCGCUACGCCAAGAUCCCUCUGUUCAGCGAAGACUUCACUGACAAAGUGGGAAUCUCGUUUGACCACAUGAGGAUCCGGUUCGGAGAAUUCAGAGUCCUCCCGAGGCUAAUUCCCCCGCUCAAAGCCCUCUUUGCUGAGGAAAUUGGUGAGAUGGAGGGGCGGCGAGAGAAGAGAGAGCUGAGGCAAGGUAAAGGAUUCGGCACCAACAUCAAUGGUGAGCAGAGGACGCCUGAGGCAGACCGAGUCACCAAACGAGACCAGGAGGACGAGCUGGCAACGUUGCAUGGCACAGAGGCCAAGAGACAGAAGGUGUUGAAUUAGAAUUUGAGGUCAGAGUAACAGGACUUUUACCUUAUGGAGAAAGCCAAGAGGUUUCUAAUUUAAAUUCAUUAUGUGGGAAUACUUUCAGAAUAUGAGCUUUUAGUUUGGCCUGGUGUGUUUUCAACCGCUUGUGCUAUCAGCGUGUAUACAUCUUUUGCAUUGCAGUGUCCGCUCAAAGAAUAAAGUAAUGUCUG